AGCACGCGAAGCUCCUUCUCCUGGCUACGCAAAGCUCUCCUCUGCUCCUGGCUCUGGCUAACUACACGGCAGCGGGAAGAGGGCUGCCGCCUGCUGCUGCUUCUUAUUAGCACAUAAGCAAGCUAGCAGAGCUUGGAAUUAGCAGGGGCACCGAGCAUGUGGAGGCUGAAGGUGGCGCAGGGCGACGACGGCCCGUGGCUGCGGUCGACCAACAACUUUGUUGGACGGGCGGUGUGGGAGUUCGAUCCCGACCACGGCACGCCGGAGGAGCGCGCCGACGUGGAGAGGCUCCGCCGUGAGUUCUCCCAACACCGCUUCCAGAGGAGGGAGUCUUCCGAUCUCCUCAUGCGCAUGCAGGGCACAAAGCAGAACAGAUGUCAACGUGAUCUGCCACGCAUCAAGCUUGAGGAGGAUGACCAAGUCACUGAAGAAAUUGUAUUGAGCUCUUUGAGGCGGGCUCUGGAUCAGUUCUCUUCACUGCAAGCAAGUGAUGGGCACUGGCCUGGUGAUUUCAGCGGGAUCAUGUUCAUCAUGCCUGGUUUGAUAUUUGCCUUGUAUGUCACUGGAUCACUGAAUGCUGUCAUAUCACCAGAACAUCGGCAUGAGAUAUGCCGCUACAUCUACAACCACCAGAACGAAGAUGGUGGAUGGAGCACACUUGUCCUGGGUUCAAGCACCAUGUUUGGCACAUGCUCAAACUACAUCACCCUGAGGCUUCUUGGCGAGGAGCUAUAUGGCAACAACGAUGCGUUGGCUAAAGGGCGGGCUUGGAUUCUAUCCCAUGGUGGUGCAACCUUCAUUCCCCAGUGGGGAAAGAUAUGGCUUUCGGUACUUGGAGUGUUUGAUUGGUCAGGAAAUAAUCCAAUUUUCCCUGAACUAUGGCUCAUUCCUCAGUUUCUUCCAUUUCAUCCAGGGAAAUUUUGGUGCUUAACCCGUAUGGUAUAUCUGCCAAUGGCUUAUCUUUAUGGCAAGAAAUUUGUCGGACCAAUUACACCAACUAUAUUAGCACUAAGAGAGGAGAUAUAUGACACUCCGUACAACAAGAUUGACUGGAGCAACGCUCGUAAUGAAUGCGCAAAGGAGGACCUCAUCUGUCCACGUACACUGUUGCAGAAUGUUGUUUGGACUUCACUUUACAGGUGUGUGGAACCAGUGUUGAGCAGUUGGCCUGUCAACAAGCUGAGGGAGAGAGCUCUAGGAAACCUCAUGGAGCAUAUCCAUUAUGAAGAUGAGAACACACAAUACCUAUGCAUAUGUUCUGUGAACAAGGCUCUAAACAUGAUCUGCUGUUGGGUAGAAGAUCCAAAUUCAGAUGCAUUCAAGCAUCACCUUGCAAGGGUACCAGAUUUCUUGUGGCUUUCAGAAGAUGGCAUGAAGGCACAGGUAUAUGAUGGUUGCCAGAGCUGGGAAACAUCAUUCAUAAUUCAAGCAUUUUGCGGUACAGAUCUUGUCAAUGAGUAUGGUCCAACUAUUCAGAGAGCCUAUGAGUUCAUGAAAAAUUCACAGGUUUUGAGGAACCACCCUGGUGACCAAAGUAAAUGGCAUCGCCAUAGAUCGAAGGGUUCAUGGACACUUUCAUCUGCAGACAAUGGGUGGGCUGUAUCUGACACUACAGGAGAAGCACUUAAGGCUGUACUGUUAGUGGCAAAGAUCUCAAACAAAAAUAACCUUGCUGGGGAUCCAAUAGAAAAACAAAGGUUGCAUGAUGCCAUGGAAAUCAGAAAUGCCAUACUCUGUAACAAAGAUGGUACCUUUUCUACAUAUGAGUGCAAAAGAUCUUCUUCUUGGAUAGAGAUUCUAAAUCCUUGUGAGAGUUUUCCAAACAUGGUUGUCGAUUACCCUUACCCAGAAUGCACUUCCUCAGUGCUCCAAGCUCUGAUACUUUUCCAAGAAUUGUAUCCUGGUUACCGCACAAAAGAGAUAAAAACAUCUAUCAGAAAUGCAGCAACGUUUAUUGAAAGAAGUCAACAAGAAGAUGGUUCAUGGUUAGGCACUUGGGGUGUAUGUUUCACCUAUGGGGCCUUCUUUUCAAUCAAAGGUUUAGUUGAUUAUGGAAGAACGUAUGAGAACAACUCUUUCAUACGGAAAGGAUGCCAUUUUUUAUUGUCAAAGCAACUCACCACUGGUGGAUGGGGAGAAAGCCAUGUCUCUAAUGAAACUCAGGUUUAUGUAAAUAUCAAAGGUGAUCGUGCUCACGCUGUGAAUACUGCUUGGGCAAUGUUGGCUCUAAUUUAUGCUGGACAGAUGGAGCGAGAUCCAACACCAUUACACCGUGCUGCAAAAGAAUUGAUAAAUAUGCAGUUGGAGACAGGAGAGUUCCCACAGCAAGAGCAUGUCGGAUGCUUCAAUUGUUCUCUUUUCUUCAAUUACCCCAACUACCGCAACUUGUUCCCCAUUUGGGCUCUCGGUGAGUAUCAUCGUGGCAUUUGUGGAAAGAAGAGAAAUGAGUCCAAAUGAGCAUAAUAUAAUAUAGUAUGGUGAAAAAUAAAUAGGUUGCACCUCUGAGAAGCAAAAAGGAGAUUUACUUUCAUGUAGUUGUGUAUAACAUGUAUGCAGUGUAUGUUGAAUGUUGUGGGGAUAUAAAUCUAGCAUGACAUUAUAUAUUGUCAUACCUAUCCAUCUCCUUAUAUAACACAGGGUUUGCUUUAUCUUCUA